GACCCCCUUUCCUUUCCCUCUUUCCUUGGCCGUGUCUCUCACCUUACCGACGCUCUUUUGCUACCCCACGCUCUUUACAAACUUCACCAUGAAGACCUUCCAAGUUGCUGCCUUUGGCGCAACCCUCCUGCUGGCUUCGACUGCCUCGGCGCAGGGCCUCGUCGGCCUGGGCGACAAGACGGACGGAGAUCUCGUCGCGAGCACGGCAAAGGACGCGCCCAAAGAGGCUGUACAGCUGGCCGCUGGCGCGGCCCUCGGCAUCGUCGGUGGCGACGUCAAGGAGGUGCAGACGCUUGCGUCCGAGGGCGUCAAUGCCGUCCACGUUGCCGGCUCGCUUGUCCCCGAUAAGUCGGCCGGUCAGAUCCUUCAGCGCCGCGAGGGCGAGGGCGACGACCUCAACCUCGAGGACGCCCUUGCCCCGCUUACCGCCAUCACGGACAAAUUCACGGGCUCCGCCAUCAAGACUCGUGACGGCGACCUUGGCUCCAAUGUGGUGACUGACACCAUUGACGAGGUCACGGGUCUCCUUGGACUCGACGGCCUUGCCUCGGAGGUGCACAAGAGGGCCGAUACUGGCGCUGAUGAGCUCACCGGCGUCCUCAGCACAGUUGAGGGUCUCCUUGGCGUCAACGCCGAUAGCAGGAAGCGCGCUGACACCGGCGCUGACGCGCUUACGGGUGCUCUCGACACGGUUGAGGGUCUCCUUGGCGUCAACUCCAAGGGCAGGAAGCGCGCUGAUCCCGGCGCCGAUGAGCUCACGGGUGUCCUCAACACGGUCGAGGGUCUCUUUGGCGUCAACGCCGAUAGCAGGAAGCGCGCUGACGCUGGCGCUGACGCGCUCACGGGUGCUCUCGACACGGUCGAGGGUCUCCUCGGCAUCAACGCCGAUAGCAAGAAGCGCGCUGACGCCGGCGCCGACGAGCUUACGGACGCCCUCAAGACGAUCGAAGGCCUUCUCACCACCAAUGUCGGACAAAGCAAGCGCGCCGAUGCCGGUGCCGACGAACUCACGGGUGCCCUCAAGACGAUUGAGAGUCUUCUCAGUGCCAACACUGACCAAGUGAAGCGCGCCGACGCCGGUGCUGAUGAGCUCACGGGAGCCCUCAAGACCGUUCAGGGUCUCCUCGGCAUCAACACCGCACGAAGGAGCGCCGAUGCAGGUUCCGAUGAGCUGACGGGCGCAGUCAGCACCAUUACAAAGCUCGUCGGCCUCAACCUCGGCGAGAGGAAGAAGCGCGACAAGGUCGAGGGCUACCACAACAACUCGCCCCUCUUCUUUGCUAGCGUGUCCGACGCCGCCGGAAAGCUCGUCAAGAUGGUCGGACAGGGCCUGCCCAACGACGUGCCUACGACGAGCAAGCGUGUCGUCGACGAGCUCGAGACGGCCUUUGUCAAGCGUGCUACCCACACAGAGUCUUCGCCACUGACCGACUACGAGAAGAAGCUGUCUGCGGCCUUUGGAAAGUACACGGCUGCCGUCAAGGACCUCCUGCCCGCGCUGCCCGAAACGCCCGCGGCCAAGCGCGAUGCCGGUGUCGACGACAACGCCCUCACGGACCUUGCCAAGGCUUUCCUCGACGAGCUCCACGCCAGGGACCUCGUCCUGCCCCCCCUCGAGAUCCUCCCCGGUUCCGGCCCUAAGGCCAACGCGUUUGCACAAGAAGCCAAGGAAGGGCUGACCAAGGCUUGGGAGUCGCUCCACAUCGCCAAGCGCCACCAGAAGAUGUCAAAGCAGCGCAGGCAUUGAUUGACCAGCGCUUUUCUCCCUCUUUCCUUCCCUCUAAUUACCCUUUCCACUUCAUCAUAGCCAAUACUUCGUGUCCAUCACUUUUUUUCCCCGCAUUUCCUUUUUCAGCUUCAGCACGGGUCCGUGGAUACCAUGGACCUACCUUUUACACUUCAAAAUAUGAUCGUCUUGUUUGACACA